UUAGCAGGAUAUUGAAUAGAAACCAAUGGUGGUUCAGUGGGAAGGUUCUAAUUAGAAUGUGAAUAACUGACAUAUUAUAUACGUUUAAAUUUCCAGCUACACGUAAAGCCUACAAAGUUGAAAUAGGCAGGAUGUUUGCCUGAAACGGAUGCCAGAUAACAUGGUAUGAAGGCUGAGACUGAGUUUAAAACUUGGGUAAUUUUACCGUGGAAAAUGAAUUUAGGUGGUUCGCUAUUUGUGAGACGAAGGCAUUUUUGAAUUGUGCAGCCAUUUAAGAUUGAAACGGUCUUAAUUAGUUUUUGCACCUGGAAGGUUUAUCAGUUGAUAUCUUGGUGAACAAACAGUGAGGUGUUGUGUUUGCGGCGGCGACGUUUUGUUUUACAACUAGAGAUCCAGACUAGUUAUUCCAGCCGGCUGUGAACACUUGGCGAUUUCUCAUCGCUACAAUAUGUCGGCAAUUAGUGGUGUAGUGUAACAAUCUCGAGGAACUACCUGAUGUUAGACCGAUACAAGGAUUUAAGCGGAGGAAAUUUAACAGUGUCAUUCACUGCUUCAUAGUAAAUCAAAAAAGCAACAGAGGGAUUUACAGGUUAGUAAGAGUAAUUCUCAAGCGCCACCUUUAGCAAACGUUAUCAAUAAGGCCAGUAGAAGGAAAUUUCCCAUUGAAAAUAGGAAACUGGAAAUGCAUUAGAAGUGCAUGAAAUUGUCGUACCUUUAAAAUCUUUUCAUCAUUUAAGAAAAUAAUUCUUUCAGUAAUAUUUCAGGCUUAGUUUUACGAUAAAGCUGGUUGGCUGUUUAUCUUUAUGCCACGUUAUCAGUUUUGCUCGAACAUUUAGAAAAUUGCAUAUUCUUGGGUCGAACCCUCCUUUUAACACACGGAUAUCGGAAACCUUUCCCUUCUUGCUUGCAUCGUUCAUGAAAUUGGACUUUCCGUCCAUUAUUUUGCAGUUAAGUUAUUGCAAUCAGACAAAAUAUAAUAUGAAAUGUAAACAAUGUGGUUAUUAAACGUCAAAUGUCGAGCAACACGCAGGAGAUAUCAAUUUGUUUUUGCUGCUUUUCUUUCAAUGUUAUUUCAGUUUCAUGUGACGGACUAUAUCCCUACUCUGUACAGAGCCAGUGUUCCAGUCUUUCCUGAUAUUAUUGUUGUGAUGUUUUUUUAUCUUUUACGCUACAGAGUCUUUUAUAUUGCAUAUCGAAAAAAGUCGGAAGUUCAGACCCAAAUGAAGAAACACGCUUUAAGUUACGAAAUUUUACAACUAAGAAAACGUUAUUUUUUUUGGCUGUAUAGAAUAAGAUACGUUCACACAAAAUUAAUGCUUGGAACUACAACCACUUCUAGCUGUUCUUUGCUUAAUUCAUUUCUUUUCCUUUUUCAACGUGGGCUAGCAGCACUUACUAAAAAGCAAAUAUCUGUCCUGACAGUAAUUAUAAUGAGUUCAUUUUAGAAAACAGCCUUACCCAAUACCCCACUUUUCUUUCCGUCCUGCGAUGUUUAAACUCUGUUGCUGUCAGAACUUAUCACUUAUUACCUCAUCGAUUCAGUGACAAUUUUUUUCACUGACAUCGAAGUCUAGAAAGAGCUUCGUCCAAACGUAAUCGGCUGCACAAUGGCCACAACUUCCUAUUUCUAACAGAAUCCUUUUAAUAAUCCUCACCAGAACAGAACUGUCAUACUAUGUCUCUCCUCACGCACUUAAGUUUCUUUCGAUAACUUUUUUUAAAGUGGCACGUCGUCGUUUCUUUAUUCAGCAUUUGAACAUCCGUAUCAAAAAAAUCAUUGCCAAUUAGUUUAAAUAACCGCCACAAGCUUUUCUAGUGUUAAAUACAUGAUCCAUCCAUUUUCGUCACUCAAAAUUUUCCUCAUGGACCGAAAAGGGUUUCACUCAGUCAAAUGUUUGCCUCAAUCGAUGACUGGAUGUUAUGCAUGUUCUAAACGAUAUUUUAAGGAGAUGCAUCCCAUACGGCGGAUAUAUUUUAUAAUUUUUCAACACAAAUUAAUUCCAAGGUAAAUAUUUCUUUUUCUUUUUCAGACAUGCUUUUCCAAAUUAAUGCACAUAAAACGAUGUGGCAUAAUUUUUGGGCCUCUUUGGAGACCUCUUUGAAUGCCUCAGAGUCUAAAUUAACAAUAUCCCUAGCGAAAUAUACACUGUUAUUGUAGGUAUAAAUUCGUGCGUGUCAAACGGGGAAAAUGACACAAGUUUUUGCCACUUUGUUAAAAUGUUCAUCUUUUAUUCAUUAGUUUCAAACGGGUUCCCUUCAAAUUUGUUCGCCAGAUGGUCAUCGAAUGUAAGCAAAAGGAAGCUAAAGCAUAUGGAACAAUUAUUAGUUGCGGUCACAGUUUGAACCAGCCAACAUCUUUUGCUUCCAGAUUUCUUCCUAAGCACUGGAAGGUUGCACAAUGAUUAACGAUACUUUCAUCCCGAACAUUUCAACUGAAAAUUUCGACUCGGCAGACGUCGAUUGUCCAGAGGAAGAACCGUACACAUCACAGAAGCGCUUCGUGCGAACAUCACUGUAUACAGUGGCGAUGGUCUUGUCUUUGUUCGGUAACGUCAUCAUUAUCUGCAUCGUACGAAAGAAUCGACGGAUGAGAAAUUUAACCCAUUACCUAAUAGUCAACAUGGCAGUCGCAGAUCUUUUGAUUACAGUUCUUCACAUGCCUUACAGACUGCAGAUUCAGCUGACAAACAGUCAUGGUCUGGUGGUUGGCGGCCUUACGGGUAAACUGAUCUGUAAACUGGUGGGAUAUAGCCAAGAUGUAUCUAUCGCUACCUCUGUCUUCACGUUAAUGGGGAUUUCCGUAGACAGGUUCAUGGCGGUCGUAUUUCCUUUAAAAAGAGCCACGUUGAGCCAUAAAGCACGGUAUGUGCUCGCUCCUAUCUGGAUCACAUCGAUUGUUGUAUGCUCACCUCUCCUUUACGUCAACAAAAUGGAAGAAUACGAAGGAGAGUUUCACUGCUAUGAAGAAUGGGCUCCACUUCUCGGGUCAGAGACGGCUGGACGUUAUUACACUGUUAUACAAUUUGCAUUGUUUUACAUUGUACCUUUGAUCGCUGUAGCAGUGUUAUAUUCCUGUAUAGCAUUGAAAGUUUGGAAUCGUCACGUUCCGGGUCGACGCCAUUUGCCUCGCGCGCGGUUUUAUUCUGUCGCCAGGAGGAAACUUUUGAGAAUGCUCAUCAUCGUAGUUUGUCUUUUUGCCGCCUGUUGGCUUCCCUACCACGUAGUAUUUUUGCUUGAGUUUUUUAGCGAGAAGUACUUACAUUGCCUUAUUCCUGAGACCAUAAUGUUCUAUUGCCUCUUUGCUGGACAUUCAAACAGCGCUAUCAACCCAUGCGUCUAUUUCGCCAUUCAUAAAGAAUACAGAAAAGGUCUCCUUCAGGUUAUCCGAAGGGCAUGCUGCCUCAGAGUUGCGACUGCUUUUUCAAGUUGUCUCCGUCGACAAAAAAAUUCGUUUAACUUGCAGGUAGAUAUCGACCUUGCGGCAUGGACAGUAAGUCCUACCUCAUAUUUAGGGAUGUUGAACAAGAAGCCGAAUCUUAAUUGCGACAAUUUAGCACGGAACCAGGUUGUUAAAAACAGCACGAAUGUGUUUGAAAACCCAUUGUAAAUAGAUAAUAACAAGACUCCAAUUCUUUUGAUUUUAAACAUUUAGUGUUGUCAAUAACACUAACCUAUAAUUCGUUAGGUUGAAGUUGUACGUGCGGUGACCAUCUUUAAAGUGAUUUCGUAUUGUUUCAUUAAACUGCGACGCAUCAACGUACAGUGCUGUGCAAGAGUAAAACGAAACUCGACGAAAACCUGGCGGAGCAACUAAAAAUAAGACCGGCGACAUUUCACUUUUGAUCAUAUCUCACCGAAAUUUCGAAACGCUUCGUAUUGUUUUCCUUGCCGGCAGACGACGUGCAAAACACAUAUCACUAUAACUUUAAGCGAACUCAGACGCGUUAUAAACAUCACAAACGUGGCAUGGAAAUUUUUCUAUACAUUACAAAACAGAGUCCAAAAUAAAACUUAUACUAGUUCUUAAGAAACUAUGGCGAGAAAGUAGGCUUGCAAAAGAAUAUUUUCCGAAAUCGGCUAAAAUUAAAACAACAAAAAAAUAAUAACAUCGACGAUGAUACAAAAUGCUCGCUGAGAUGAGAAGAUUAAGAUGGAGGAAGCAAUUCCAAAGGUUUUUCAAAACGGUUCCGCUUUUGACCUAUCUCAGAAAAUGUCGACCAAAUUCAGUAAAGAACCGUAGCGGCGAAAAAUUCCAAGAGAUUUUGAAGUCCGUUUUUACAAAGAGGAAAGGUACGUUUAGUAGAGAUUAGACAAACUUGCUUUUAAGAGACCGUCUUUGUUUAUUACGCCAUGAAUAAGAUAGUUGUCGAUCAUACUAAGCCUCGUCGGAUUCAGUGAAAAAUUGUCGUCAUCGUGUGUUACGAAAUUUGUCAUCGACAUGACAGGACCGGAGUGAAGAGACGUCUCCGAAAUCUUUUAGCAAUUCAUAAAUGUUGUGAAGUAAAUAAAAGUGACAUACGAGGCUGACGAGAUAUAUGCGAAAGACUGAGAGGUCCAAUAAUGGUUCUAUUGAGAAUCUGUCUGUCUUCAAUUCUCCCCAAUUCUUCUUUGGUUUUGGCUUUUGUUUCUGUGUUCUGUCGUUGGUUUUUUGUGUUAGACAAAAAAUAAUUGAAAAGCAGGUGAAAGCUAGAGUGAGAACUAGAGUUUCGUUACCAUGGUAACAUAAUGGGUUCCAGAUCUCCCCGAUAUUUCAGGUUUUUUUAGCCACCUGAUUUGUGCAAUCGUACCCAAUCUUUAUGAUCCAGCAUGCAUAUUUCGCGCUCGUGGCCUUAUUUAAUAUUUUGCGAGAUAAAAAUCACUGAAGUAUUGAAAUCAGGUUGGAGAGGACUGGAAAAGAGUGAGACCUCUCGCGAUCCAAACGGUGCUGUAGUUUUGGAGAAGUAACUUUUUUCGCCGUGGACGUGUAAACUCUGACAAAUAUCAAACAGCACUUUCAAAAUUAAAAACGCAAAAGUCUGCUCCAUGAUUUUCGGAGCGAAAGUUCUAACAAACUGGAAACAACUUUAUAGCUGCCCUGCGCUUUGGAAAAACCUUUUGAAAUAGAUGUUUCUCAUUUCAGCUCUAGACUUGCCACAAGUCGACCUCAUGAAUUUCAGGGUAGAAUAUGUUACGCCGCGAAGCGGCCGUUUUAAGGUCGCAAAGCGGCUUAGCGAGCGACGAAGUCGCGAGACGUCGACUUGUCUCGCUUGAAGGGUUUUCAUUUGCGUUUCGCGCCAAAAAUGAGGAGUGGCGUGACUUGCAACUGGUUUCUCAGACUACAUUUGGAUUGAAUUGAAUGGCGGAAAGUAUCGGUUCCACUCCGACCAAAAUAAUCGAACGUGUGUGCAUUUCUCCUGCGUCGA